AUGGCGCAUUCCGAACACAACCACGAACUCGUCUCCCUAAUGUACACACCGCUCUACGUCACCCCGCUCUUCUCAACAGAUCAUCCCGCCCCAUCGACAUCGGACACGGCCCUAUACGCGCUCACAGCUGCCCCGCCGUGCCUCAUGGAGGUCGGCGUGCGCGUCCACCUCCACUUCCUCUACGCCUCGUCCAUCGUCCUCACAGACUCCCCGCACCAGAGGCCGGACCCCAUGAGCGUACCCCUCGGGAUCCGGGGGUGGAUCGCCGGGGAGCGGACGCGCUCGGGGCGCGAGGUAGAGUACGUGGUCAAGAACGAGGACCCGCACGCGCGUGUCAGACGUGCGUUUAUAAGGCAACAGGUCGCGCCGGGGGCUGCGCCGCUCAUGCGACUUGGGGAACUUGUUGCCCUACGAUUUCCGGGCGUCCCCAUGUCGCGAGCACCGGGGGAGGUCGGGUCGAGACGGUACAAGCCGGCUCCGAAGAGCGGACGCGCGCUGCCUUCUGCUGGCCCAUCCACCCCGUCCGACUCGGAAAAUCAAGCCCAGAUGUUCGAGCUCCCUCCCCUCCUUCCGCCAGCCAAUACAGAUCCUUCGCGCACACGAGAGCCGACACGGACAGGCGUGGUGGCUACGCAGCCGUACAAUAUGUGGGAGACCUAUGGAUCGGAUCCGAACACGGUGUCCUAUCCCACGCGAGCCGAGGCCGAUGCCAUGCGAAACUACGGGUGCCCUAUCAUCGUCGGGCCUCUCGCGCGGAAUGUGGAAUGGCAGUACCUCCCAGUAGCCCAAGGCUUGCAAGUUUCUGAGGCCCCGCGAGAGUUCCGGGCAGACGGUUGGACUCAGGCAACUCAGCGCCAGGAGAGAAGGGAUUAG